AUGCUCACCGCUUGGGGGCGCUGAAGCUCUGGCGUGUGCAUCAAAGGAAUUCUCCGAACAAUUAGGCGAGACGCGACAGAGAUUUGUAAUUACCUUCUGACAUACUCAGAAACCCAUCUCAAUCCUCUCGUGCAGUUGGUAGUGAGUACACGUAGCGUGCUACGACGCUGAAGAAAUUGAGUUCAGCAGUGCAGGAAGGCAAAGAAGUGGCAAAAUAAAUAGUGGCGAAAGGAUGGCCACAAAGAGGGAAGCGAGCAGACAUCCAUCAACACGUGAUGACAUCAUCAAGAAUGGAAGUCGCCCAGGAUCAUCGCGAACGGAGGACAGUUUCACUGCCCGGAACUCUCGGGAUGCCCGAGACGUCCUGCAACACAGACGGACGGGUGAUCGCAGAGAAUCUUUUCGGCAUCGUAGAGAUGCUUCAAAGAGGAGAGAUUCCUCAAGCUCCUCGGAGACGGAAGAGUCUGAUGGCGAGAGGAAGAGAUCUCUGAGAACCACACGCAAAAGGGAGGAAACUCAUCGGAGACGCUCAAAGAGUCGGAGCAGGAGCCAGGAGGAUCAUCGGCAGCGCAGAAAACGCUCACCUUCUCCACGGCGACGGCCAAGGACCGUGUCGCCUCCGCGUGAGUCUGUGCCCUAUUACUCGGAUCCUAAUCGUGAGCGGGAUCGCCUAAGGCAGAAGUACGGCUACCGCGAUGAGGGCAGGAGUCGGAGAAGAAGCUCUAGUCGCGAGAGACGACGCAGAAGGAGCAGAACUCCAGUUCGAGAAACCACGAAAAUCAUCCAAAUCCCCGUUCCCGUCUAUCCGCCGUUCUAUCCCGACGGCCCCAUGAGUUCCAUGUAUCCGUGGUAUGAUCCCACUUGGCCCGCAGGCCACGCUCCCAGGCCAAUGAUGCCACAUCCCAUGCGACCGCCCAACUACUAUCAACCCUCGCCCUAUGUGAUGGAGCCGUUUGAUCAGUUCCAACAGCGCUCCAGCAGGCCUGGAAUGCCCCCACCUCCCUUCCAAAGAUUCCCUCCCCCGCGAAAUCACAGGCAGCACUGAAUGCUAAAGGAAUUGUAAGGACUGAGGGCGGGACUUUACUUUAGGCUCACAGCUAUGCUUUCUACGGACCAUUCAGUCAUUAGUUGAUGGUCCAAGGACUUUUAUCUUAACUGUUUUAUUUUUUUUUAGAUUGCUGGUCAAGGGAAGAAAUUCCUUAAGAACCCGAAAAAGUAACCACUAUUGCGAUGGUUGUCUAUCAAAAUUUUAGAUUUUACGCAUUUAGCCAAAAAAUUAAUUUUUUAUUUCUUUCGAUUUAUUUUAUACCGUUUGCUUUAAAGUAAAGAUUCGACUGAAAUUAAGGUAGAGCAAAAUAUAUAUGUCAAAAGCCAUAUAAAAAGAAAUAAAAUUAUACAUCUUUAUCAGAA